AUGAUAGAUAAAUUAUGUGAAAAAUUCAAGUUCAAGCAAUACAAGUCAUCUCUGUAUAACACAGCUGCGAAUGGCCUAGCAGAAGCAUUCAAUAAAACGUUAUGCAAUCUUCUGAAGAAAAUUGUCUUCAAGUCGAAAAAGGAUUUGGAAGAAAGAAUCGGUGAAGGAUUGUGGGCUUAUCGAACCACUCAUUGCACUCUUACAGGGGUUACACCAUAUUCGCUCGUUUAUGGUGUAGAGGUUGUCCUUCCCCUUGAAAGAGAAAUCUCAUCAUUAAGAAUGGCAGAACAAGAGAGGUUGACUACCGAAGACAAUGUCAAGUUAUGUCUUCAAGAGUUAGAAGUACGCGAUUAA